AUGGCGCCCGUGGGUGCCGCGCUAUGGCGCUCCCUCCGCGCCCACCAGGUAUACGGUGCGAACACAGAUGUGGGCAAAACUAUUGUGUCGACGAUUCUUUGUAAUGCCGUCAGCCGACGGAAAUCCGAGGCGAAAUCAGCAUUUCUGAAGCCGGUGUCGACAGGGCCAUUGGAUGAGGCAGAUGACAGGCAUCUACAACGCCAUGCACCCAACACCCUGACAAAAUGUCUCUACCAGUUCGACGAGCCAGUCAGCCCGCACAUUGCAGCUCAGCAAAAGAACUUUGUGAUUCCUCGCGACGAUGAGAUCCUCUCCUCCGUCCAGAAGACUCUUUCCAGCUGGGCGGACAACGGAGUUUCGUUUGCUUUGGUAGAGACAGCUGGUGGUGUUCAUUCUCCAGGGCCCAAUGGAAAUUCUCAGGCAGACCUCUAUCGUCCUCUCCGGUUACCCAUUGUCCUGGUCGCCGACUCUCGCUUGGGCGGAAUUUCCUCGUCCAUAUCUGCCUACGAAAGUCUCUUGAUCCGCGGCUACGAUGUCCACUCUGUUCUGCUGUUCAGAGACGAUUACUAUCAGAAUCACGAAUAUCUGGGCAAUUAUUUCCGAAACAAGAACAUUCCGUUGAUCCCAUUGCCUCCGCCGCCCGCGCGCCCACCUACACACGAACCUAACUCGCGGGAGCGAGACCAGGAAGCCUUGAACAGUUACUAUGACACGGUUUCCAAGACUACAGAUGUUGCCUCACUAAUAGAAGAGUUGAACAUCAAGAACAAGCAGCGAAUUGACUCUUUGGAAGAGAUGGCUAGUCGAGCACAGAAGACGAUCUGGUAUCCGUUCACGCAACACCAUGGGAUGGCGGCAAAGGAUAUUACUCCAAUUGACUCGGCGUAUGAUGAUUUCUUCCAGACCUAUACUACACCAGAGACCCCAGAUAAACAGAGCGGACUCCAAGCCACUUUUGACGGAUCUGCUUCAUGGUGGACCCAAGGCCUUGGUCACGGAAACCCGGGGCUUGCUCUAUCUGCUGCCUAUGCCGCUGGUCGCUACGGGCAUGUUAUGUUCCCUGGAAAUGUACACGAGCCGGCUUUGUCGUUGGCGGAACAACUACUUCAAACUGUGGGCAACCCUCGCCUACAGAGAGUCUUCUACACGGACAACGGGUCUACGGGAAUGGAGGUCGCUCUGAAAAUGGGUCUCCGUGCUUCCUGCGACCGAUACGGCUGGGAUGCGACCAAAGAGCAGAUCAAUAUCCUGGGCCUAAAGGGAAGCUAUCACGGUGACACAAUCGGGGUAAUGGAUUGCUCAGAGCCGUCGACUUACAACCAGAGAGUCGAAUGGUAUCGCGGUCGGGGACACUGGUUUGAUUUCCCGCUGGUGAAAAUGUCCAAGGGAGUAUGGAAGGUUGAGAUUCCAGAGAUUCUGAAGGAAUCUUUGGGAGCAGAUCAGGAGUUCUCAUCUCUGGGAUCUGUUUUCGACGUGGAAAGAAGGGCCCGUUCCGAGGCUGGAGAACGCUACAAAAAGUACAUCCUUGGCACCAUCCAGCAUCUGGUUCUUCAGGAAGGAAGGAAAUUCGGCGCCCUUAUCAUGGAACCCAUCAUUCUUGGGGCUGGUGGGAUGUUGUUCUGCGACCCCCUCUUUCAACGCUGCCUUGCAGAUGUUGUCCGCAGCAACCCACAGCUGUUUAACCGAGCUAAUCCUGCAGAAAAGUCUCCACAAAAUGAUUUCUCUUGGUCUGGCCUUCCUGUUGUUUUUGACGAGGUUUUCACUGGUCUCUAUCGCCUUGGCCGGAAAUCCUCUGCGUCAUUCCUCGGCAUCAACCCCGAUAUCGCCGUCAACGCAAAGCUUCUCACCGGGGGUCUCGUCCCCCUUUGCACUACGCUAGCGAGCGAAGAGAUUUUCAAUGCUUUCUCGAGCCCCGAGAAGAAGGAUGCACUCUUACACGGCCACAGCUAUACUGCCCAUGCGGUUGGGUGUCAAGUGGCAGUCGAUUCCCUACAAGCUAUGAACCGAAUGGACAAAGAUGGAAGUUGGAACGAGUUCAAGAACGAUUGGAAACAAUCCUCGACGAACAAUGAAAUCCGACCGCAGGAGGUCUGGAGCGUGUGGUCCCACGGUCUUGUUAACGACCUAUCUCACGCAGAAUCGGUCGAUGGCGUCUUCGCCAUUGGGACUGUUCUUAGCAUCUCGCUCAAGGACGCACAAGGGGCAGGCUACAAUUCCACGGCGGCUAAGGGACUCCAGGCGAGGUUAGCCGCUGGCGGACCGCAAUUCAACGUGCACUCCAGGGUCCUCGGCAAUGUGCUCUACUUAAUGUCCAGUGUUACUUCGAAGAAAGACACACUGCGAGGCAUUGAGGGCCUGCUGCGCGCGGCGCUCCUAUAG